GUUUCCUUGAGGGCUUGUCCAGAUAUCUGAGUCACGUGGUCUGGGGCUCUCCCUUCCCUUGGACCUUGGCACAGUCAAGGGCAGGUGUGUCUUCAAUGCGCAGGCUGUGAGGCUGCUGCCUUGAGAAAGCAAGGAUUCCUACGAGGAAGAAAGGGAGGCUUUGAGGUUUCACUUGCCACAAUGACGGACAGAAGCCCCUUUGAGACAGACAUGCUGACCCUGACCCGUUAUGUUAUGGAAAAGGGGCGACAGGCCAAAGGGACCGGGGAACUCACCCAGCUGCUCAACUCGAUGCUGACUGCUAUCAAAGCCAUCUCUUCCGCUGUGCGCAAGGCCGGCCUGGCCAACCUGUAUGGGAUUGCGGGAAGUGUGAAUGUGACAGGAGACGAGGUGAAGAAACUGGACGUGCUAUCCAAUUCCCUAGUCAUCAACAUGCUUCAGUCCUCCUACAGCACCUGUGUGCUUGUCUCAGAAGAGAAUAAAGAGGCAGUGAUCACAGCCAAGGAGAGGAGGGGGAAAUAUGUGGUCUGCUUUGACCCACUGGAUGGAUCUUCAAACAUUGACUGCCUGGCCUCCAUCGGAACUAUAUUUGCUAUCUACAGAAAGACCACAGAGGAUGAACCUUCUGAGAAGGAUGCCUUGCAGCCUGGCCGCAACAUAGUGGCUGCGGGUUAUGCACUGUAUGGUAGUGCAACCCUGGUGGCUCUUUCCACAGGACAAGGAGUGGAUCUCUUCAUGCUGGACCCGGCUCUUGGAGAAUUUGUGCUGGUGGAAAAAGAUAUCCGGAUUAAGAAGAAAGGGAAAAUAUUUAGCCUCAAUGAGGGCUAUGCCAAAUAUUUCGAUGCUGCUACUGCUGAGUACGUACAGAAAAAGAAAUUCCCUGAGGAUGGCAGUGCGCCUUAUGGGGCCAGGUACGUGGGUUCCAUGGUGGCUGAUGUACAUCGCACCCUGGUCUAUGGAGGAAUCUUCAUGUACCCAGCCAACCAGAAGAGUCCUAAUGGCAAGCUCCGGCUCCUGUAUGAAUGCAAUCCUGUAGCCUAUAUCAUCGAGCAGGCAGGAGGCAUGGCAACCACAGGCACCCAGCCGGUACUGGAUGUGAAGCCUGAGAGUAUUCACCAGCGAGUCCCCCUCAUUCUGGGGUCCCCGGAUGAUGUGCAAGAGUACCUCAGCUGUGUGCAGAGAAACCAGGCAAGCAGGUAGUGAGCCUGAACUCAUGAGCCUGCUUCCCUUUGUCUUUGUCAAAUGAAAAACUAGAGGAAUGAUCAAUGGAGAUGGGAGGAAAGGCAGACAAGUCGAGCAUGACAGGUCACUUUCAGAACAGCGCCCUGCUGCUAAGGACAGGGUUAGAAGCCAGAGUAAAGAUACG